AUGCCGUACGCGCGUAUCACCAGCAAAGUCUCCAAGUCCAGCGUGGACACUGUCGCCGCUAGCACCGCCGUUGCCAAGACGCUGAAUGAGCAGUGGGGCGUCCCCGCGGCCUUCAUGAUGGUGCAGCUGGAACUUGAGGCCCCGAUGCUUCUGCAGCUGAACGACGAGCCGGCGGCCUACGUGCACGCACGCACGAUUGGACUCACCUCGGACCAGAAACCGAAGACCCUUGCGGCGCUGACCGAGACUGUGUCCGAGCAGCUGAAGGUGCCAGCGGAGCGCGUAAUUACCGAGAUGGCUCAAGGAGCGAGAACUGAGGAGACCGACGCAGCGCUGGCCGACGUGUUCUCUUUCUUCGACUCUCUCCACAGCGACAGCGACUCGAGCUUGACCGACAUUAUCUCAACGGACGAAGACUUGAGCUUGGCGGACAUCACGUCAACUGACGGGGACUUGAGCGCAGUGUCUUCUCCGCUUGAACCUGGGGCUUCAUCACCGUCUCAUGAACCUUCAGCGCCGAGCAAAAGCUCUCGCAAGAAACGCAAGCCGAGGCUCCCGGGUCAAGUCCCGCAGUCGACCAAGUUCCAGCGCCAGAAGCGUGACGAAGUGCUGACACUGCGCCAGGAAGUGCUUGAGCUGACGGCGAGACUGAAGCAACUGCAGCGCACACGUCGUCAUCCUGCGACUGCUUUGAACAGAGUGCAAGGUCCUCAAAAGCCCAGCGCGUUUGUGUCCGUAUGGGAAGAUCUAGCGAUCCUCCAGUGUCAAGAGCGACAACAAUCAGAGAAGACCAACCAAGAACUCAAGACGAUUUUGGCUCGGCAGCGGAGGCUGGGUCGGUCGAUAUACAAGCUACUGGGGAAGAAGGACGCAUUGGAGGGGAUGAAGUUGCUGUGUCGUCUUCAGCCAACACCUGGCAUUAUGAGUAGCAGUCCAAGUGUGCAGAUCGAUCUAAGUGACGCAGUUCUGGCUGAGCUGGAAGCAACAGUGGCAGGACUAUACAUGCGUAUAAACUCCUUGUUCCCGCCACUCGAGGGCCAACCCGUGGUAUCAUUUUCCACCCAAGACAAAUACGGAGAUCCGCUCGGAACGUACAUCGAGACGAUGACAACGACUCCAAUGGCAUGUCCGCUGCAUGUAGCUGCCGAAUUUGUGUGGAAAGGCACGAGCAAAGAGUCCCAAGACCCUGAGAAGGUGCCGAUUUUCUGUUUCAAUUCUCUCUCUAGAAGCUGCAAACUCGACAUGCACAGCACUGUGCGUAUAGACGGCGUGAACUUUGUGCGCCGAUACAUCCAAUCGGACCGCAUUGUGCUGGUUAGUGCGGCGACGUGGUUUCUACCUGCCGAAGGAUUCCACUUCCAAGACAACAUCUGGACAAUCGUGACGCGAUCGGCUGUGGAUCCCCAAAAUGCGUCUGUCGUGCGGAGCUUUUGCCAGUUUGGAGCUCACGCGUCGAAGAUUUCAUCGAUGCCAAAGGAAGCUUUUGCUUCUGCGCAGGAAUACGUACGAGGCGGCCCCCAGUAA